AACGCCAUUGACAGAACGAGACGACUCGACCAGAUCUGAGAGGAAAGAGAGGCUUAUUCUUCUUCUUCAACCUUCAACAGUGAGAGCUGGAACAAGAGCCAUUUUCUACUGCAAGAAAAAUGCCAGCCCAAGAGAAAAUUUUUUUGUUUUAGAAAUGGAGAGAAAAUUGUGAACUUAGUUUUCAUGUAAUUGAGGGAAGAAGAUCUGGCAGAAAUUGGGAAGAAAUCAUCAGAUCUGGCUGGAUAAGAUCAUCAUCAGAUCUGUAUCUUGUUGCCCUCUAAUCUCCAUCACCAACUUCUAGCUUGCCAUAUCCGGUCUGCAUUUUUCUUUCAAAUGAUAUCUGCCUCUUGCUGUGAAAGCAUUUUGUGGGACUGGGUCCCCAUUCAAAGCUUCCUGUUACUGAAAUGUUUCUUUGAUAUCUGAAGAAAAGAGGUGCCUGAGUAAUAUAUCUACUUUUUGAAGAACAAUAGAUUUGACACACUAGUCUGCACAUCACGAUUCUGGUUUAAUUAUCGACACAUGGCCAAUACACUUUCCUUAUAUAGGACAGUUAAGCGGUUAGGAAUUCCUGACGAGAGGAUAAUACUCAUGCUGGCAGAUGACAUGGCAUGUAAUGCUAGAAACAAAUACCCUGCCCAGGUUUUCAAUAAUGAAAAUCAUAAGCUUAAUUUGUAUGGGGACAAUGUGGAGGUAGAUUAUCGUGGCUAUGAAGUGACAGUGGAAAACUUUUUACGAGUUUUGACGGGUCGUCAUGAGGCUGCUGUUCCAAGGUCUAAGCGUCUUCUAAGUGAUGAAGGGAGUCAUGUACUUUUGUAUAUGACUGGGCAUGGAGGUGAUGAAUUUUUGAAAUUUCAGGACUCUGAAGAGCUCCAGAGUCAUGAUUUAGCUGAUGCUGUAAAGCAAAUGAAAGAGAAGCGUAGGUUUAAGGAGCUAUUGAUAAUGGUGGACACUUGCCAAGCUUCAACUCUCUUCUCACAGCUUCAUUCCCCAGGUGUUUUGGCUAUGGGAAGCAGCAUGAAAGGAGAGAAUUCAUAUUCACAUCACUUAGACCCAGAUGUUGGUGUUUCUGUUGUGGAUCGUUUUACAUAUUAUACUCUAGCCUUCUUUGAGAAGCUAAAUAUGUAUGAUAAUGCCUCCUUGAGCAGCCUUUUCAAUUCAUUUAAUCCAAAUUUGUUGAUGUCAACCGCAUAUCAUAGAAUGGACCUAUAUCAACGUAGUUUGGAGGAGGUACCUGUGACCAACUUCUUUGGUUCUGUAAUGGAAACAUUACAUACUGAUUCAGCAUACAGUUCCCACAGGAGUAUAGACGUUGGAGAAGCCAAAAUUAAAAUUUGCACAGAUCAACCAAUCUCUGGGAGCGACAGAAGAAUUUUGAGAAACAUGAAUAACAAGGAUCAAGUUAGUAGUAACUUAAGCACUAAGGAAAAUUCACGGCAUAGCUUUGGACAACUCUGGAAUUCUAUUCUCAGCAAGUCGACCACACCUGAAAACGUUGAUGCAUUUGUGUGCCACUCCCUUCUUUUAAUGCUUCCUUUGUUGGUAGUUUCCACAUGGCUAUCACGCUAAAGGGCUGGAACAACGAUUUUGAAGUUGCUUAUGCAUGCCUUUAAUGUUAUGGUUGCUGGGUAUGCGAUUUUCUAGGAAAAUGCUUAUAACCGAUGGUUUCACACUGGGGUUGAAUUCAGAGGAAGCUGCCUCAUGGUUUCAACCUAUUGGUUUGUCAUUUUUUGUUGCCCUGUUCAUGCUGUGGUGCGACCCUGUUGUUCUGGUUAUGCAUAGUUCAAAUGGUGUUUUUUGUAUCUGUUUUUAAUUGAAAUGGAAUUCAAUGGACAUAUGAUCAGAAGAUUCACUUGAAGCACUUAGAGUUUCAAACUAUUAUUCCCUUGGGCCCCGAUAAGAAGCUAGAACAGCCAUGUUGGUUUUGUCUGUUUUUCAUUGUAAAAUUUGAUGUUCACGGUGGGAGCAGGUAAACUUCUAUGAUCGUACAUUUUCUAGUGAAAAUUUCUUGAUGUGAAGUAAA